AUAAGGUAAUUCGUUGACUUAAAGAGACGUGUGUAUCGGACUGAUUGUAAGCCACAGCAAUGCGUGACGGGGCACCACUAGUAUUAUAUAUAUUACAGUAUAAUCUCACUAAUCCGGCACUUCAAUAGACCGAUACGUCCAAUAAUCCGGCACCCCCCACCCGCGCCACGCUCGUCCCUCUACGCCUAUACGCUCCGUUGCCGCGUCGUCGUCUAACAGUCUAACCUCAAAACUUAUCACAUGCACGUGCGUACGUAUUUACCUAGUUUAUUGAAGUGAGAAUAGUGUCGAGUGAAAAAUGUCAAAUAAACGGAAACACAAGACACUAGAUUUGAAAGAUAAAAUGGACAUUUUAAAGAAGUUAGAUAGCGGAGAAAACAUGUGCAAAUUGGCAAAAGAAUAUGGUGUUGGGCGUGCUACUAUACACGAUCUUAAGAAAAAAAAGCAAAAGAUAGUAGACCACGUGAAAACGAUGGAAUCUGGACCAGGAAAGCGUAAAACAUUAAGAGUUGGCGAUUGUCCAAUGAUGGAAAACGCUCUCUACAUGUGGUUCAUGCAACGACGUUCUAAACACACUCCUAUAUCUGGAGAAAUUCUUAAAGCAAAAGCAAUCGAAUUUUAUACAAAAAUUACCAAUAAAGAUGAUUUUCGUGCCAGCGAUGGAUGGUUGGAUAAAUUUAAAAAGCGAUUUGGUAUCCGUCUGUUAACCAUAUCGAGUGAAAAAUUAUCAAACGACGAAUCUGCAGUACAACUAUUUAUCCAGCAUUUUAAAGACAAAGUAGAGGAACUGGGUCUUCUUCCUGACCAAAUCUAUAAUGCAGAUGAGAGUGGUCUGUUCUGGAGACUAUUGCCCAAUAAAACAUUCGUAUUCUCUAAAGAAGCGAGCACACCAGGUCGUAAAGUGAUUAAAGAUAGAAUCACAUUCAUGCCGUGUUCAAAUGCUACUGGAACGCACAAAUUGGAUUUGUUAGUGAUUGGUAAAGUUAAAAAUCCCAGAGCUUUCAAGAACAUUUGUCUGCCAGUCUGCUACAAAAAUCAAUUUACAAGUUGGGUCACGAGAGAGGUAUUUAACGAAUGGUUUCAUAAAGACUUUGUUCCAGAAGUCAAGAAGUUUAUGAAAAGAUCCAACUUGCCUAUAAAAGCUUUACUCGUACUUGACAAUGCUCCAGCCCACCCAAAUGAACAAGAACUUAAAUCAAGUGAUGGGAAUAUCCAAACCAUCUUCCUACCACCAAACUGCACACCUUUAAUCCAGCCGAUGGAUCAAAAUGUUAUCCAAAAAGUAGAGUCCUUGUAUAAAAAUAAAUUGCUGAUCCAUAUUAUAUCUCAGGAUGGUGACAUAACGCAGAGUCUUAAAGAAUUGAAUUUGAAGGAUGUUGUAUUCUCUCUCGCUCAUGCUUGGAAGUCUGUUUCAUCUGACUUAAUCCAAUCUUCAUGGAAAAAGUUAUGGCCUACAAUGAAUGUUGUAUCAGAAACAGAAGAAACAGAAGAAUGGGAUCCUGAAGAUAAUCUACCUAUUACCGAUUGGUUGCAAACUUUAUCAGAAAGAGGAUUGGAGACAAGUGAAGAAAAUUUAAAUUCUUGGUUUGAAGGGAUCGAAGAAACAGAACAAAUUAUGACAGAUGAAGAAAUAUGUGAAGCAGUACAAGAAGAAGAAGAAGAAGAAGAAAGCCUUGUAGAAAUAUUGGAGGCACCAACUGCUACAACUGUAAAAGUUAAACCAGAUAAAGCAUUUAAUUGUUUCAAUACUUGCAUAACAUGGGCAGAAGAAAAUGGCAUAUCUGCCAAAGAUAUUAUAAUUCUUCGAAACAUGCGAGAAAAGGUUUUUAAGCAAAGACUACAAGUUGCACAAAAGCAGACCACAAUUAAGGAUUAUUUUCAAACAACGUAAUUACAUGUUAAUUUUGAGAUAUGUUACAGCUACAAUUAAAUCUGUCGAACAAGAACACAAAUAUGUACAAACAUACAUUAUAUUCUCUUUAUGAAAUGCUUUAUUUUAUUUAUUACGAUUUUUUCUCUAUAAUCCAGUAAUCCGAACAUUCCAAUAAUCCGGCACCCCCUGGUUUUUAAUAGUGCCGGAUUAGUGAGAUUGUACUGUACUAAGUUUCUUAUAAAAUUGAUUUAAUAUAAUUAUAAAUUGUUUAAUAAAUUAUAACAACAUAAAA